GUUUCUUUUAGAUCAGGCAAACAGUACAGGCACCUAUGGUUAUGUGAGGGGUCUGGCUUGUGAUCACAGGUAGUGACUUUCAGCUGCUGAAGACGGAGGUCUGCUCUCUAAUGGUUUGAUAGGUCGCGGUUCCCUUUUCACUUUAACACAACAUGAACUUCAUCAGAUCUCGCCUCUCUAUCGGCGGCCUUAUUGGUCAGAGGUGCAGACUGGUCCCUGAUACAUGCAGCCACAGAGGGAUGUGCAAUAAACCACAGGUGGCCAAAGCAGAGCCUCCUGCAGUGCCAGCAGCAGGCUCUCGUGCUUCAUUCAGAACCCCGGGCUAUUCACCGUCGAAUAUGGACAGGAAGAUUCUUCUCUGGUCAGGACGCUUUAAGACAGAAGACCAGAUACCAGCGCUUGUGUCGUAUGAGACGCUGGAUGCUGCCAGGAACAAGAUGAGAGUGAAAGCCUGCUACGUGAUGAUGGGACUCACGAUGGCGGCCUGUCUGGUGAUGGUGAUCAUGGGCAAACGGGCUGCAGGCAGGAACGAGUCUCUGACAGGACAAAACAUGGAAAGGAAAGCAAUAUGGAGGGAGGAACUGAGGAGAGAGAAGGAAGCAGCCCUGGCUCAGAAGGCUCAGUAGAAGAUCCAACCCAUCAUACCCUUAUAAUGGGCCCAUAGUGUUAUUCCUGUAUUUAUCACAACUUCAGAGCUCUCCACUCCCAUAAUAACAGCCAAAAUAAAUUGUAGUCGUUAAUUCUUGAGCCAUUGUGAGGUUUUAUCUUCAUGUUUUUUGAGGAAACGACUAACUUUGUGGUAUUGUUCUGGGGAGCACCAAUAAAGUUUGAUCUAUCAAUGCUUCUAGUAAGCUGUCAACACGUAUCUCCAAAUCUCUCCAUAAUAACUGCCUUAGUUUUGAAAUUAGCCUCAAAGGCAACGGUCCGCCUUGUGAAGACAGUUCAGCCCUGGAGGGUUUUAAAUGGUGUUCUGUUUUCUGUAAGAGAACUUCAAGAAGUGGAUCAGGCUUCUGCACCUCGGUCCGUCCUGUCCUGGAUAAUGUUAUUCAGCUGGGUUGUUCAUGACUGAUGCAGCAUUUGUUUGUUUGAAGUGAGCACUAAAAGAUAUGAAAUAAACUAUUGCUUCUUGAGAAA